AUGUUCACCAGAGCCGCCCUCCUCGCCGCGCUGGUUCCGGCUGUACUAGGCUUGAACAUCCUGUUCCCUGCUUACUUCUGUGGUGAUGGUGACGACUGCGACACUAAAAGUUGCGCACAGUACACCGCCAUAGUCAAUCCGUUGGCAGGACACUCGAACGUACAUCUCUACACCAUCAUCAACCCUGACAAUGGCCCGAUGUCGACAUCCGACUUAUACCCGAACUACGUAACGUGCAUCCCAACGUUGAAGAACGCGGCAUCUAGCACCGUGCUGGGAUACGUCAGCACUGGCUACGGUGAUCGUUCAACCAGCGAUGUCGAAGCGGACCUCGAUACAUAUGCUACUUGGCCGACCUCCUACCGUCCUUCGGGCAUCUUCUUCGAUGAAGUGCCGGAUGGGUCGGGUCAGGUUAGCCAGUACGCGUCAUAUGCAACGUACGCCCGCAACAAGGGCUUCAGCUACAUCGUAUUCAACCCCGGAACAACAGCCAACUUAGGCUACUUCAGCGCAGCGGAUCUCCUCGUCACAUACGAGGACGCGUACUCCGGCUUCAGCACUUCGGACUUGACGAUCUCGUCGUCUGCGCCGGCUGCGAAGCAGGCGAUCAUACUGUACGGCGGUCCGUCGAGCGCGCCGGCUUCGCUUAUCAGUCAGAUUGGCGCGCUUGGGGCCGGCGCGGUGUUCAUUACGGAUGAUACGUUGGAUAACCCGUAUGAUACUGUGCCGACGAUCUGGACGGAUGAGGUUGCGGAUGUGGCGGCCGCUUAG